UACGUGUAAGCGGAACAGCCUUAAUCUUUGUAUACAAAUCUUAUUCGUAUAGUAUUCUUAUAAAAAUUACUAUCUGAUAAAAGUUUGUUAUAUAUUUUUAUAUUAGUGUUAAUCGGUGCAGUUUGUUGCAUUUCGAUGGCAAUCAGAGCAAAUCGAUGCAGUUCGAAGCUCGUUGAAUAUAAUAUCAAUGGUACCAAAGUACUAUCAACUUUUUUGUUUUUUUUCCAUCUCCAUAAAGUAUAUUUAUUUCUCAUAAAUAUUAUUUUAAUGGCAUCUUUAUAAAUUGAAAUGUUUAUAUUCCGAUAAAAGUUUAUGAGGCUUACAUAAGAUUACUCAGAUCUUUCACGUAUAGAUUCCUGUAUGUAGAGAUUCUGCUAUUUAUAAAAACAUAUUAAAGAUUUAGACAAAAAACAAUUCCAAAGAUUUUAAUCAUUUCUUUAAAACGUUAAGAUUUGAUCGUAUCGAAGUAUUAAUUGGUAUUUUCAAUGAGAUGGAAUGAUUUUCUAUCGAUGUCUUAACUACGAUUAGAGGUUAAGCAUUCGAGAUUUUGUUGUUUAUUUGAUAAGUGUUUUUAUGACCGCUUGAUGUUUCCUAACGACUUUGUGACCUCAUAAAAAGUUGUUUUCAAAGAUAUGGAUUGCUUCGAUGACGAUAUAUUUGAAUUUAGUGACAAAGAUGAAGAUGCUUGCAUUUCUAAAAUUACAUCUCGUAAGGAAUUUAAUCCUAUUGAGGAACAUCUUGCGAAACAAUUGAAUUCGAUACAGUACAGGAUCGAUAGAGCGAAAAAUGAACUCGAAGAAAUCAAAGAAACAGUUCAACACAUCUCAAAUAAUUUACUUCACAAAGCUGUCUUUGGCCAAGAUAAAAGCGUCGAUUCGGACAACGAUUUAUACACUGUCGAAGGGGAGCCAGUGUUAAAAAAAAAACACGAAGAAGACAAACCUUGCAAUUUUUUGGUGUUGAAGGAACAAUGGCAGUAUGUUCUUUUUGAUAAAUGGAUAAUAGGGGUAGUACUACAGAAUGUAUCGUUUCAAACGUUAAACGAGCUCAGAUUUUAUGCCUUUCCGAAAGGCACCAGCGAGAUUCACGGCGUCGUUUCAGCUUUCUGGGAAGAGGAGAACGAUCUUUGGAAGAGGGUCAACGCGAUCCUCUCGAAGAGAGACAACGUCGUAGCCACGCUUGUCCUCGAUCCCAUGGAUUUUAAUGAAAACACGCUCGUCCAGAUAUACGGCACGAUUUCCUACGAGAACUUGGAUAUGGAAUUACAGAUAGCCGUACCCGUCGUUACUUUCACGUCUCGCGAUAUUCUACGUGGAACCUACAAAUUAAACUAUUCGCAACAACCGAAAUACGCCGUAUUGGCGUUGAAAAGCGUCUUCGUCGAGACGAUCCUCGAGCUUCCAUAUCAAUUCGAUUCCGAAAAUUUCGUUGAUCUUUUGCGGUGUCUCGAUGCCAAGAAAAUCGUGAAAAAUGCUUAUUGCGUCGAGAGUGCCGAGUAUUACGCUGUCAUAGAAACUUUAUCGGCUAACGAGAUAAAGAUAUCGGCGAAAACAAUGUCACGGUUGAAGUUAAUCCUGCGUAUAAUACAAGACGAAUCCUCGAUUCCCAUUACGAAACUCGAGGAAUUUAGCUGCGUCGAAGAAGCGGCGGAGGCUUUGAUAGAAGAAUUGGAAACGUAUCUCGGUGAUCCCAAUCUCGCGAGAAUCCAAAGAGCAAGGAUAAAGAGCGAUUUGCUUAUACCGUGAUCGAGUGUACGACGAAAUCACGUGUGAUGAGACAUCCCUUAAAUCGUGCCAUUUCACCUCGUUCUUUCGAUUUCGAUUUAUCGAAUAAUCAAGCAUCUGUAACGUUUGAA